AUGACCAGCCACGCCCCGUCCGGUCGCUUUGGCCCGCACGGCUUCCGCGAGUGCUGGGGCGACUACCGCCUCGAAGCAGACCUGGAAGACCCUUCGCUCCCGCUCUACCGCUUCCAGCGCGACCUCCCGCGGCUGCCCGUGCCGCCCCUCGCCGACACAGUCGCGCUGUACCUCUCGACGCUCUCGCCGCUCGUGUCGGCCGCCGAACUCGCACACGCCACGGCACUGGCCACGGCCUUUCUGCAGCCCACUGGAGCCGGCCACGAGCUCCAGCGUCGCCUCGUGGCCCGCGCGCGCGACCGCUCGGAUUCGAGUUACUUGGCCGCGUGGUGGAACACGAUUGGCUACCUCCGCGAGCGGACAGCAUUGAUCCGCGGCAGCGGUCGAGAUGUCGGUCGCGCGGCCGCCUUACUACAGGCCUCCGUGCGCUUUGCGCACGGCGUGGCCGACGGAACGCUCGAGCCCGAGCGACUCGGCAGGAACAAGACGCCCGUGUGUGCUACGGCGUACAAGUACAUGUUCCACGCGUGUCGCAUUCCUCGACGAACGCAGGAUUCGUACCGGAUCUAUGACCCCGCGACGCACUCGUAUGCUGUGGUCAUGCGUCGCAAUCGGUUUUUUCAGCUGGAGCUCGUGGAGCCACGUUCGCGACAAGUGCUGGACUUUGAGGCGCUGUGCUUUCAGUUGAGUCGGAUACUGGACGCUGCAGAAGCUGCAGAGACGGCUGUGGGUGUGCUGACAACGCAGGACCGAGACACGUGGGCAGAUGCCCGUGAGGAAUUGAUUCGAGCGUCGUCGAUGAACGAGGAGUCGUUGCGGAUCAUUGAGAGCUCAUUACUGGUACUGAACCUCGACGACGAAGCGCCCGUGACGCGCACGGAAGUGGCGCGCGGUCUGUGGCAUGGCAAUGGACGCAACCGCUUCUUUGACAAGUGCGUGCAGAUUGUCGUGUUUGAGAACGGCAAGGCCGGGCUGGUAGGGGAACACUCGAUGCUCGACGGUAUGCCCAUGGCACGCUACGCAGAUUACGUGCUUUCUCGUCUACAUCAUGGACAGAUUGACUUAAGUCACCGUGGUCGAACGACCGCACAGCUGACAGAAGCACUGGAGCCUCCGAGACAAAUUGCGUUUUGCUUGACGGAUGAGACUCGACGUAGCAUUGCUGAAGCAGAAGCGAAAUUUGACCAGAUGGUGAUUGACCACGAAGUCUGUGUGCUGGCCUUUCACGGCUACGGUGCGCGCGUGAUCAAGGGAUUUCGAUGCAGUCCGGAUGCUUUUGUCCAGCUUGCCAUUCAACUCGCGUACAAGAAGCUGUUUAAGAACAACGUGGCUACGUAUGAGGCUGUGCAGACGCGCGUGUUCUUGCACGGACGCACAGAAACAACACGUAGCUCCUCGAAAGAUAGUGCCGCAUUCACAGAUGCCAUGGAGGAUGCAUCAGGUACCGUCACUAGUGAGGAGAAACGGAGGCUUUUACUAGCUGCUGCCAAUGCGCACGUUGCGUACAUGCGGAAAGCAAGCGCAGGGCGUGGUGUAGACCGGCACCUGUUGGGUCUGAAGCUGCUGGUCCAGCCUGGCGAGCGCGUGCCGUUCUUUGAGGAUCCAGUGAUGGCUAGAGCCAGUCGCUGGAUCAUUUCCACAAGUCACCUGACCAACAAACUGUUUGAUGGCUGGGGCUGGGGUGAGGUUGUGCCUGAAGGUCUGGGGAUCGCCUAUAGCGUCAAGAAUGAUUCUGUCCAGUUCAAUAUUGCGUGCCGUUGCCAUGGUAACUGGGGAGCUCGAAUGGGCCAUCUGCUCGAGGAAAGCCUCAUUGAGAUGCAGCAGCUCUUUGCCGAAGCCAGAGAGAUUGGCGCCAAAUUGUAA